AUAUUUCAAUUGCUCUGCUUCCCAGCUUCAACGGAAUCUGUUGGUAAGCGGGCCGCGGCGGAGGGGGCAGGACGUGGCCUUGGAAAACUGCCCGCGGUACUUUGACCUGCAAACUGUGUUUCAACAUAACCGAGGAUGGGACCAGCGUGGCUGUGGCUGCUGGGAGCGGAGAUCCUGGCCUCGGUCCACAGUCAGACCUUUCCUGCCCGUGGAGAUAAGAACCUGGGGGUGCCUGAAGCCCCCCGGGGUCAGCUGUCAGAGCCUCUCCCUGCCUACCACAAAGUCACACCUACCAUUACCAACUUCGCUCUGCGUUUGUAUAAGCAGCUGGCAGCAGAAACCCCAGGAAACAUCUUCUUCUCUCCUGUGAGCAUCUCCACCACCCUGGCCUUGCUCUCUCUGGGGGCACAAGCUGACACCCCGACUCAGAUCCUGGAGGGCCUCGGCUUCAACCUCACGGAGACCCCAGAAGCUGACAUCCACCAUGGCUUCCAGAGCCUCAUCCACACCCUCGACCUGCCCAGCCCCAAACUGGAACUGAAAGUCAGCAACUCUCUGUUCAUGGACAAGCAGCUGAAGCCUCAGCAGCGCUUUUUGGACAUCAUCAGGGAGCUGUACGGGGCUUUUGCUUUUUCUGCCAAUUUCACAGAUUCCAAUACAACUAGGAGGCAGAUUAAUGACUACGUGAGAAAGCAAACUUACGGGCAGGUGGUGGACUGCCUGGAGGAGUUCACGCAAGACACGCUCAUGGUUCUCUUGAAUUACAUCUUCUUCAAAGCCAAGUGGAAGCAUCCUUUCAAUCGCUACCAGACCCAGAAGCAAGAGAGCUUCUUUGUGGACGACAGGACCUCUCUCCGCAUCCCCAUGAUGCACCAAAAGGAAAUGCACAGGUUCCUCUAUGACCAGGAGGUGGCUUGCACCGUCCUCCAGAUAGAGUACAGUGGAAAUGCCAGGGUCCUACUGAUCCUCCCUGACCCGGGGAAAAUGGCCCAGGUGGAGGCAGCUCUGCAGCCAGAGACCCUGAGGAAAUGGGACCAAUUGCUCCUGCCCAGCCUGUUGGAUUUGCAUUUGCCAAGGUUUUCAAUUUCGGGAACAUACAACCUAGAAGAGGUCCUUGCCCAUGUUGGUCUCACCGACUUAUUCAACUUUGAAGCUGACUUGUCAGGAAUCACUGGGAAGCUCAACAGAACCAUGUCCAGGGUGUCACACAAAGCGACAGUGGACAUGAGUGAGCGGGGAACCGAGGCCGGGGCCGCCUCCAGCCUCCUCUCUCAGGCCCAGUCUCUGACCGCGACAUCCGCCCCACACGCCCAUUUCAAUCGGCCUUUCCUGCUGCUCCUUUGGGAGGUGACCACCCAGAGCCUCCUUUUCCUGGGAAAAGUUGUCAACCCAGCUGCAGGGUGACUGUGGUGGGAGGCCAGCGGGUGUCUUGUCCCCUGCCUGAAAAUCAGGAGAGCCAGCCCCAGCCUGCAUCUCGGGGGUACAGUGGGGACCAGGUAGUCAGAGUGUGAAGAUGCUAAUAAAGUUGAUCU